AAAUGAUCUGAAUUCCCAUAAUCUUAUUUUCUCUGUUUGGUAAAUAUGAUGAAAUAAACGAAUGUCGGUGCUGGAAACUUAAUACUUUCCCAUCUUUUUCCUAGAUUUUCUUUUCAAUGUGCCAACACAGCAGUCGAUCAUUUUAAUGAUUCAGUUUUUGUAAUAGUUUGCAUGUUUUUGGUAAAGCAUUGGACUUUUAUUAAUCACACUGGCUGAUUAGAAAGGCAAGAAAUGCAACAUCCUCAGUAUUUGCUGUUUCCUUUUAUUAAUGAUUUAGUUAGUUAGUUUUUUCUUGUGGAUCUUCUCUUAUUAGUUCUUCAAUUUUAAUUCGAGUGCUAAAUUCUCUCAGGGGUUGGGUGUUUUUUUUUGGUCAAGUAUAAGAAAUUGUACAAUGUUCACCCAAGCUCUUGACAAGGAUGGGUUAAGAUGGGUUCGCCAGGGUGGUGUUGCCACAACAGAGAUUUUUUUGGUUUGACGAUGGCAGCAAGAUAAACACUUGAACCUAUUCACAGUUUAAGAAAUGUUGGAUUGCCUACAUCGUUGAAAUAUCCUAAUGGACAUUUAUCUUCUUAUGUAAUUCAAGUGUCUCAGAGAAACCUGUUAGUGGCAAUGAUCAUGGUUCAGAAUCGGACAUGGACAUUUCAUCUGAUUCUGAUGAGCAUGGCUAUGAUGGGCAAUACUCAUUCAUUUCAUCUCCACAAGAUGAUAAGGUGCCAAAUGGAGUGAAUGCUAAACAUGCUGCUUCAAUGCAUAAAUCAGAGGCUUAUGUUCACAGUGGAACUCAGCUGAAACUAGCUAAUGGUGCUCAGAGACCAGCACAGGUUUGUGGUGGGAAGCAGGAGACUGAAGAAGAGCAAUUUUCAGAUACUGCUUGUAGCACUGAAGUUUUGUUUAUGCAGCAUAGAAGCAACAGUGGUUUUGCAUCUCAUAGAGAAUCAUAUAAUUCAGAUAGUUAUUCUUCUACAGUUAAUUCUAGGGUUUUUCAUACCGGAAGAAUGCAAAAGAUGGAACCUUCUCACAGUGAUACCAUUAUUCUGGAUAACAACAGGGAUGAGAUCCUUGACCGAUCAGUCAGGGCUGAGGAACAUGAAGGAGCCAAUGAAUCUACUAAUAAUUUGCCCUCACGCCGCCCUAUAUUUCAUGCUAGUGGGCUUGGUCCAUGGGUUGCAGUUCUGUCUUAUGAUAUAUGUUUUCGCUUAUGCUUAAAUUCAUGGGGCCAAAGGUUGCACGGAAGAGGCUCCCUACUUCUUGAAUCAAGAAUGUUCAGAGUUGCGAAAAGCAUUUGGUUUGCAGAAUGUACUACUGCAACCCGAAGAAGAGUUAUUGGCAAAACAGUCUUCUGAGUUAGUGAGGCAACUGCUCCUAAAUCAAAGAGGUUCAUUGGCAAAAUGAAAGUGCAAGUGCGUAGAGUCAAAAUGGGUUUAGACCCUCCUCCUGGCUGCAAUCUGUCUAUAAUGAAGAUGGAAUCCCUUCAUCACCAUUUCUGCAAAGUAAACUCAAUGUUGUAUUCUGGAUGGGAAUCUCUUCGGAAAGUUCGAGUAACUCCCAAUACUCCUACAAACAGUUCUCUUUCAAAGCAAAGCCUAGCAUAUCUGCAGGCAAGCCGCCAGUAUAUAAAAGAGGUAUCCAAGCUCUUGAAAACUGGAGUGACUACUUUGCAUCAACAUCGUAUGAAGUAAUUCCAGAAACAUAUUGUUGCUUGCUGAAGUUGAAAAGUUCAUCUGAGGAUGAUGUGAUCAAAAUGCAACCAGGAUCCAGCG